AUGAAAAUCAAGAGGCAGCAAUCCACGCCGCUGUCCAAAGAUGAUUUACACCAGAUGAACCAACGCAGCGAUAGAGCCAGCCGCACGUCGAGAUCGCGCACCUCACGCAACUCCCGCACCUCAGUACCGGAUGCGGGGGAGCACGAGGCUCUCAGCCAUCUCCAGCGCGUGCUUAACUCUAAAUACACUUUCAAAAAGGCGAGGAAACUCAAAGCACUGCACAUGUCUCCAGAUCCGCAGUUGACCCCAUCCCCGGAAUUGGAAGUGGAUGGCACCAACGACGAAAACUGGAUUCCGCCACCCGUAGAGCCCCUCUAUAAGCCCAAAAGCGGUAUACGCACCAGCAACAGCCAUUUCGGUCACCUCCGUCGUUUGAGAUCCAACACCAAUUCAGCAGAGCCAAAUGUCCCGCCGAUCACUCAAAUCAAUGACGAUUUCAUGUCCAUGAAGCGCACACGCUCGUCUACGAUGACGAGGCAGCGCUCUGAGUCGCUGGCGAUGAGCAAUCGCGAUGAGUCGGCUAGCUCUGAUGCUCCGUUUAUGCGGGAAAUGGAUGUGUUUGAAAUAGAGGUGCUCUACGAAAACCAGCGGGGCUUGUUUCUUCUCGGAACCGGAUAUUUCUCUUUCAAAUCUCUCCUCCCCAUAGAUCCAUCACCAUACACAAACGGACAAGGUGGCUCAUCUCCCUAUACUCCCGACACCGUCCAGCCUCCGGAUCCUCUUUGGGAGUGGGUACACCCACACAUGCUGGUCGAUAUGUCUUGCCGCCGCAAACGAGACGAGGCGGGCUGGGAGUACAAUACGUGGUUCAAGUCUACAGGCUGGACGCAGCACGGUGGUCCAUUCAGCUAUGUGCGCCGACGGAGGUGGAUACGCCUGCGAAAGCGUCCAGCGAACGCUCCACUUGUGGUUCCCGAUCAUUCGCAGGUCUUCAGUUCGAACAACUCUGUCAAAACGCGUCCACGCUCGUCAUCACAAUUAAAGAUACCAAACUCACCGACGAAAUCGGUGCAAUCGAAUGUGGCUUCGUUGGAUGCCGACAACAGCAUGAGCAUGGGUAGGAGCGUGAGCAUGAGGUCGUCGCCUCCGUCUGUUGUCAACCUUGACGAUAAUGACGAGACAUCAUUCUUGCCAGUCAGACCUAGCGAUGUGCCGCCUUCUUCAGUUAGCCUCGCAUCUAGCAAUUCAUUAAUCAAUAGAAGUUACUCGCAUCACACGCACAUAUCAGUAGCUGAUCCUUUCCUAUCAUACCCACCACACGCUUCGGAAGAGGACCAGAAAGUUUGGGAUCAGAUUAACCUGCGUAGGUUGUCGCGCAUACAGAGCGCGUGUCAGCUCGACAGAGAGCGCAUACAGCUAUGGCAGUGCUGGCUGGCGCUGAACAAAGUGGAAGUGUUGAAUGUAAUUCAUUCUCAGCAUUUCAAGAUAUACACUCUCGUCUGCUACGAAACCUACCGUAAACAGCUGGAGGGUAUGCUCGACAGGGCUAUCAAGUCGAAGGAGGUAUGGCCUGCGUCGCCCUUCCUGCUCACGUCGAUGGAACAAUCUCAAGAAGCACUACCGACACUGCCACCAGCCAUGCAUCACACGCCUAGCGCGACAUCUGGCAAGUUCCGCCCGCAUCUCCAAAUGAGCCCUCUCAACACACCCAUGCACUCACGCCGCUCGUCGAUAUCAUUGAGGCAAUCAUAA